AUGAGCAGGCCCCUUCAUCCACGGUCUGAUUCUCAAACGAAGGAUCAAGUGCGGAGUAUGCCUUCUGAGGUAGAUAUGCUAAUGCAAUUGUCUGAGGGAAAGGCUCUGACGAAGAACCCAUUAUCAGAGAAGAAGUUGAGCCCUGAAUGUGGUGGUGGUCAGACUAGCCUAGAGGACGAGGUGCUGGAAACGAAUAGGGCGGAGGAUUCCGUGAAGGAUGACUUUCAAGCUUCAGCUCAAUCUCAUUGGGCGAAACUUAAGGAUAAGCAUUUGAUUAGUGAGGCGGCCAAACUUCACUAUGAGGAGCCGAUACUGAAAAAUGGGAAGAGAGCUGCUCAAAUUGAUAUGGCAGAGGUUGCAAAACAGGCUCAAAAUUUGAGUUCAGCUGUGAUAUGUAUGGUGAUGGGAGCCAAUCCCCCAUUUGCUGUUUUUGAAGGGUUUGUGAAACGUAUCUGGGGACACCUUGGUAUUGAACGAAUUGUGAGGAUGAAUAUGGGGCUUACCAUUGUCAAAUUCAAUGAUGAGGCUACUCGAGAUUUUGUUCUGGAAACUGGCAUUGUGCAAUUUGACAAGAAACCAGUUAUUGUGAGACCUUGGACUCAAGAUCUUGACACUAUAAGGUUAGUUCGUUCUGUACCUUUGUGGAUCAGAUUGCCUAAUCUAGGUCUUCAGUAUUGGGGCCAAAAAUGCCUUAGUGCAUUGGUUAGUACUAUAGGGAAACCCAUUAUGGUGGAUAAGUUUACUAAGGAAAGAUCUAUGAUUAGAUAUGCUAGAGUUCUGGUUGAAAUGGAGAUAUCUGAUGACCCUCCGUUUGUCAUUUAUUUUGUGAAUGAGAGAGGUCAAGUUCAAGAGCAGUUUGUUGAGUAUGAAUGGCUUCCCAUCAAAUGCAACAAUUGCAAAGGAUUUGGCCAUAAUAUGGUUGAUUGCAAGAAAAAUGGCCCUAAGAGUUGGGUAAAGAAGAGUGUGACUGAACAGGAACAUGUUGGAACUAAUGUUGAUUAUGAGAUUGCAGCUACUGAUGCAAAAUCAGGAGUUUCAGUUGGAGUUACUGAGGCUGUUAAGGAAGUGGAGGAGAAACAUGAUGCGGCAGGGUUAGAUGUUCGUAGGGUAGCUGAGGAUAAAGGAAGUUCACAGGAUCUUCCCUUAACACCUGAUCAGGAUAAUAAGGAGAAUUGGGAAAUUCCUAAGAGAGUUGGGAACUCAAGAGGGAAAGGAAAGUUAGUGAGGACUGUUAUAGACAAAAAACAGAAUGCUUUCAAGGUACUUCAGGAACAGGGGAAAGGUGGAACAAUUGGGAACUUAACUGAUUCAAAGCUUGAUGGACUGCUCCAAUAUACUUAG